GUCCUGGCAAAAUGUAUCCGCCCCGCUGUCAGUCUUCCCAAACUGGGCGCUUGUUUUCUGUCCCACCGGAGGAGAAAGGAGCGAUCCAGCUUACAUUAUUGAAAGAACAUAUUCAAACUGUGAAACAAUGUCUUCUGAUUGACAUCAGCAGCAGUAACUGUCCAUCAUGAACAGCGAGGAAGAGUUCUAUGAUGCUGAGACAGGUUUAGAAUCGGACGACUCGUGUGAAGUCAGCUUUAAAGAUGCCUGCAUCUAUGAAAGCAAGCAGACGGUGAAUGGCAAAGGUCCAUCUGAAAAUGGAGUAUGGGAGAGGCGGACUACUCUGCCAGCACCCAUGUUCUCCAGAAAUGAUUUUAGCGUAUGGGGCUUUUUGAAGAAAUGCAUCGGAAUGGAGCUGUCCAAGAUAACAAUGCCCAUUGUUUUCAACGAACCACUGAGCUUCUUGCAGAGGAUUACAGAGUACAUGGAACAUACAUACCUCAUCCAUAAAGCUUGUACACUUUCUGAUAAUAUAGAGCGUAUGCAGCUUGUUGCCGCAUUUGCCAUUUCUGCUGUUGCGUCACAAUGGGACAGAACUGGAAAACCUUUUAACCCUUUAUUAGGAGAGACAUUUGAACUUACAAGGGAUGAAGAGGGUUAUCGCAUGAUCUCAGAACAGGUGAGCCACCAUCCACCAAUCAGCGCCUUCUACUCAGAGUCACUCAAUCAGGACUUCUCGUUUCACGGCUCCAUCUACCCUAAACUGAAAUUCUGGGGGAAGAGUGUGGAGGCAGAGCCUAAAGGCACUAUGACACUUGAGCUCUCCAAACACAGAGAAGCUUACACAUGGACAAACCCUUUGUGCUGUGUGCACAACGUUAUUCUGGGUAAACUGUGGAUUGAGCAGUAUGGAACAGUGGAGAUUGUCAACCACAGCACUGGGGACAAGUGUGUGCUGAAUUUUAAGCCAUGCGGCAUGUUUGGCAAAGAGCUGCAUAGGGUAGAGGGACAUAUCCAGGACAAGAGUAAAAAGAAGCAUCGGGUUAUAUAUGGGAAGUGGACCGAGUGCGUGUAUAGCAUUGAGCCAAAAGUCUAUGAAGCCAACAAGAAAGCAGAGAAGAAAAGUGGAGGAGAUUCCAAGAAACACAAGCAGGAGCAGAGUACAGGGGGUGAUGAUGCAGAUGAAAUGCCAGAUGUUCAGGAGACAGUCACUAUGAUCCCAGGCAGUACACUGCUGUGGAGAGUAGCCCCUCGACCGCCACACUCACCACAGAUGUAUAAUUUUACCAACUUUGCCAUGACGCUUAAUGAGCUGGAGCCUGGCAUGAUUGGAGUCAUAGCACCAACAGACUGUCGUUUGCGGCCUGACAUUAGAGCUAUGGAGAAUGGGGAUAUCGAUACUGCAAGUCGAGAGAAGGAGAGAUUGGAAGAGAAGCAGAGAGCUGCCAGAAGAGAGCGUGCUAAGGACGAGGAAGAAUGGUCUACGAGAUGGUUCCAACAAGGCAAUAAUCCGUACACUGGAGCUGCAGAUUGGAUCUACAAGGGUGGUUAUUUUGACAGGAGGUAUUCUCACCUUCCAGACAUCUACUGAUUUGGCUGGGAAGACUGAAAGAGUCUUGAGAUUCAUCCUUUGCUCUCCUUCACUCAAUCCAUAUCAUCUCCUCUCCUUAAGCUCUUUUCACAUUAUUUGUUGGAAUGUGAGAUUCAUAUGAACAGUUUUUUAGACAAAGCCUCUCCACGAGUUCUACUCUUUACUAGAAUCUGGAAAUUCAGUGUGAAUGGAUUUAUUUAUUUUGAGAGGUAGGGAAUGCCUUAAUUUUUUUUUUUCAUGUAUGUUAGAUUUUGAGUUAAACAUUCUGUGCAAUCCUCAGUAUGUUUAGAAAUUGCUAGUUUAUGUACAGUAUGUGCUAACUUACCUUUCCAUGCGUCUCGCUAGUUACACUCAGGUGUUCAUUUUAUGGGUACAAGUGGUUAGUGAUGGCAUCACUGCAGUGCCAUCUGUGAAGAUUUUUGUCGUUAUUGAAAUGUGAGGCUGCUCAGAACCUAUUAGGAGUGCAUCAUUUUUGUUCAAACUAAUGCUAUUUUAUCAUCUCUAUUAUAUGCUUUAUCCUUAUCUCAAAAUAUGACCUCUGUUUUUGGUAUGCAUGAUGUGCAGGAACUUAACAUUUUAAAGAUUCUGCCUGAUUUUGAGUACCUGGAAUGAAAACGAGUCCCCCCCCACCUCCCAAAAAAUCUUAUGGUUAUAUCUCACUGAUUAGGCUCUUGGGCCAAAACUCACCAUCUCCAUGGUACAGGGGAGUUUACUAAACCUAAUAUUCUCUUUUCUCACACAUUUAUAAAUAUAUUUUAGAUCUGUUUUGCUUUAGUUUGACAGACAAAAAUUAAAGCUGCUCAUAAAAAAAGGUUUACUUGGUAAAAAAAAAAAAAAAAAGGAAAUAUGUGUUUUUUAAUUGUUAAAAAAGUAUACAUAACACAAAACCUAUUAGGAUUGAUGUUUUCAGUGUGUUUAUGGUUGCCAAAGCGACUUUUCUCUUGUAGAAACUAAAGCCAUAUAACUCGUCAGGACUGCAUUGUUGAGUGAUACAUCCUGGUGAAUGAAAUGGAGAUGGGUGCUAAUCUCUUUUUUAUUUCAGCACUUAAUGGCUCACGAAUGUCAAGGUGCUUCACCUUUGCCCACACACACAUAUGUACCAAAAAUGCUCCGAAUGUGCUUCAUUGUACACAUGCUUUUUGCCAUACAGAAAAUUUCAUUCUGCAAGGACUAAUUGUUUUCCAGACAUACAAAUCGUAGACAAGAUGACCUCAGAUGAUCACGAAAGACGCCGCUGUCUUUUAUUUUGAAACUUUAAACAAUACUGUGAUUUUAACACUCACAAAUUUCAGAAGCUAUGCAAACAUUGAUGGGAAUGUCUGUCAGUUGUACACCUUAAUGUGUCAAUAAGCUCCACUGUUUAUGUAAAAUACUUUUUUGGUCAAGCAUGCUAGUGCUUUUGCUGGUGGUUUUUCACACUGUUUGGGCUGUUUUGCCUAGAAUUGGUUAGAUGGAGAAAGGUGUAUGUGACUGCAGUGAUUAAAACCACUGUUAUAUAGAGAAAUCUUUAUCACCUACACUUAAUGGGAGCUCAUCAUCUAUUGUGUAGCACAAGAGUAUUUAUCUUUAAUAUGUUCCAUGUAGUGCGUACAAUUCCAAAUGCCAAGCUUCGGGCAAUGGCAUACUUUAAAUGAAAAAGUUAACUACAAUUUAUGUCCCUCUGUAUUUUCUACACUAUAUUGUGGCAUGUCUAAACAUAAAUUAUUUAAUCUCACUAUCAAUGCUUACUAGCGGUUAGAAGUAUGAGUAUAUUAUUCCACCAGCUGCUAAUGUAAAGUCUUUUGAAGCCCUUAAAAUCAUGAGACAUUAAAAAAACAUCUUAUCCCCAAUUGUCUCAUGAUUUUGUGCCCUGUUUGUUAGCUAUUCCUAUAGCAAUCACAUCAAGUUAAUAUACAAAUAAACGUGGUCACAGUGAAUGCAACUAUGUAAAGCAAGCAUACACUCAAUAUGUUCAAGUCAUUGUGUGUUAAAAGCUGUUGAUAUUGGUCGUGACGCUAGGGACUGAUUGUUUCUGUUGUGCAUUUCACAGAUAGAAGCCCAAAUUAUACCACUGUGGUGCUAUGAUGGCUUUACAUAAUUGUACAAUGACGUUUUGUGACUUUUUACUACAUUUGUAUAGACCACAUGAAAUGCACUUAUACUGUCUUAUAAAUCUGCUCAUUUCUAACCUAGCAAUAUUAAUAAUAUAUACGAGACCUCACUAAUUCAAUUUCAGUUCGCUCUUCUCUGUCUAAAGGGAAUUGACAAGCAUCAGUCCAAAUUUUCUGAGAAAAACAUUUGGGAGAAGCUUUAGCUUCUGGCAUAUGUUUAAUGAUGAGAACGCUUGUGAAAUAUUCCCUCUUGUUUUGCAUUAAUUUGACCUAAAAUGUGAACUGAUCAAUGUCAUGGAUAAAGAAGAUCUAAUUAAACAUAACAGAAAAAAACGUGUUUUAUAUGUCUUUAUU